AAAGUAUUAUCUUUAAAUUAAUUUUCUGUUUUUCUCUUGGCCUGGGUCCCGGGACCAAUUUAUUUAAAUUUGAACCCAAGCAACACCAAACUUGGACCCCACAUUACACUCUCACACUGCUCACUCUCGGUUUCAGAAAAUCUGAGUAUCCAUGGACCAUAUAUAAAGCCCCAUCCACCCCAACUUUUGUAAGGACCCAUCUCUCCCUCAAGCAAUCUCUUUUGUUCUAAACUACUCCUCUAGCAUCUUUCACUCUCCAAGUACUAAUUGAGUUCCCACUAAAUUCGGGACUCAAUCUCCCCACAAAAGUUUUGGCCUCACCACUUAUGGAAGAAUUAAUAAUCUCCCCCUCUUCAUCCUCAUCCCUAGUCUCCUUGCCUCAAGAAAACCAUCCAUCCCUCCAACAAAGGCUCCAAUUCAUUCUUCAAUCCCAGCCAGACUGGUGGUCAUACGCCAUCUUCUGGCAAACCUCGAACGACCACCUGGUGGACAAUGGUUGUCUCUUCCUGACCUGGGGAGACGGCCAUUUCCAACGCCCCAAAGACGCAUCACCCAACAACCACCACCACAACCCCUACGAAGUUCUAUCCGAAAGAAGGAAGAUCCUCAAGGGCAUCCAAUCCCUCAUCAACGACACCAACAAUCCAGAUAACCAUUAUCUCUACAACAUGGGCUUAAACGCCAACACCACCAACAUCGAGGGGUUCUUCGUCAGGUCGUUCGCUCGAUCCUUCUCCGUCGGUGAAAGCAUUAAUACUAAUGUUCCCGGCAAGGCUUUUAGCUCUGGAUCUUUGGUGUGGCUGACUGGAAGCCAUGAGCUCCAAUCCUACGUCUGCGAAAGAGCAAAAGAAGCACAAAUGCAUGGGAUUCAAACCCUAGUCUGCAUCCCAACCCCCACCGGAGUUCUCGAGCUGGGUUCUUCAGAUUUGAUCAGAGAAAACUGGAACCUGGUUCAGCAAACGAAAUCCUUAUUCUGGUCGGACCUUGUUUCGGACCAACAAGAACCGGGAACCAGAUCCCCCAUCAAUCUAAUCAACCGAAACUUCUCCUUCUCCGACUUUGACAUCAUCGCCGGCGUUCAGGAAGAAAAAAACAAAAAGGAAGUCCCCUUGGAUAUAACGGUGAUGAAGAAGACGUGCGGAAGAGCAUGUCCGGGUUCCAUACCGUUUUCGAAUCUAAAUAACCUUAACCCGGAACCUUCGGAUUCGGAGUUUCCCAAACGGACGCCGAAAAAGCGAGGGCGAAAACCGGGCCUUGGGCUAGACACAACGUUGGACCACGUGGAAGCGGAGAGGCAGCGGCGGGAGAAGCUCAACCACCGGUUCUGCGCCCUACGAGCAGUGGUGCCGAACGUAUCGAGAAUGGACAAGGCAUCGUUGCUGUCCGACGCCGUUUCGUACAUCAUCGAGCUGAAGAGCAAGGUGGACGAGAUGGAGUCGCAGGUGCAGAGAGAGUCCAAGAAAGUGAAAGCCGAGACCGUCGACAACUUGGACAAUCAGAGCAGCACGACGUCGGUGGAUCAAACGCGGCCGCCCAACUCGUUGGUGAGUGGGUCUACGGGGCUCGAGGUGGAGGUGAAGAUAGUGUGUUCGGACGCCAUGAUUAGGGUUCGGUCCGAGAAUGUGAACUACCCGUCAGCUAGGUUAAUGGCGGCGCUGCGUGACUUGGACUUUGAGAUGUACCAUGCGAGCUUGUCAUGCAUGAACGAGCUCAUGCUGCAAGAUGUUGUGGUGAAGGUGCCUGAUAACAUGAGAAGUGAAGAGAGUAUCAAAGCUGCUCUUCUUAGAAUAUUAGAUCAGAACUGAAUUUUGAUCAACCGAUUUGAUCUGUUGGGUAACGCGAAGAGACAAGUGAAAAGGCAAUAGGGUUCCGUUUUUCUGCACCUGUGAAUAACUUGGCCGAAAGUAUAAAACCAAUCGUGCCGUUUCUUUUGGGGACGGAUUGGAACAUCAAAUCUGGAAUGUGGAUGGUGUGUUUGGGGCCCGGACAUGACUCAUGAGAGUCUCUCGGACCCGCCAUCGCACCCAAUAAUGAAGGAAAAAUACUAAACAAAAUAAAACAAAACACAUUGCAAAAAUGUGUUUUUAUGCGUUGAUUAUUAUUAUUUUUAAUGCUAAACAAAAUAAAACAAAA